AUUUUUUGAAGAAUAUUGCAUAUGGGAAUCUGUACUUCUUAAUCUAGCUCUAAUUCUAAAAAUCAAAGAUAAAAACAAUAGCUCAAAAUCAUUCUUCCAAACAAAUCUCUUGAGGAACCUAAACAUGAGAUUUAGGUUUAAAAUUUAACAAAUAGAGAACCUUCUGUUCAAAACACUCCUGCAAAUUAGAAUAGUUAAUAGAGUAUUAAUUCACCUGUGAAUGGUGUUGAAGACAAAAGAAAAUCAGUACUGUCUCAUGGUCAUACAAAACAAGGAGAUAAGACACAAAAGAUAAUGAGUUCAAGAAAUAUAAGAUCUGGUUCAUAAAGAUCUUUUAAUAUUCCAGGAUCUCCUUCAUCUGCUUAGAGAGGUUCAAUUCAAGUUGGAGUUUAAUUCUUUAGUACUAAUGCUUCAAAGAAAUAUUCAUUUUUGCAUAACAAGGAAUCCUAGAGAAAUGUAUAGAGUAUAGUAUGAUUUUUAGCCAGAAUUGUCAUUCAUUUAAGGAAAUAAGAAUGGAAAGAAGGCUCGAUUAGAAUUGAUAUCGAAAGAAGAAUAGGAUAGUAUCAAAUAUAUUUAUUGGUUAAAAUCAAAUCAAUUAGUAAGAAAUCAUUUUUAUUAUAGGAUCAUAAACAUAUCUUAAAGAAUUUAGAAGUUCAUUAGGAUAAUAAUUCAUACCAAUUGAUUUUAGAAUAUUAUGAUGGUUGGAAGUUAUCUCGAUUAUAAAAUUCAGAGGAUCUUACUGAAUUGAUUUUAGCAAAUAUUGCUGAACAAAUGUUUCAGGUAUUAAGCUAUUUAAAAACUUUAUAAUUGGUUCAUGGAAAUUUAACAAUAAAUAGUUGGGAAUAUUACUUUUUAUCAGGUUAGGUAUUCAUAAAGCUUGUUGAUAUAAAAUCGAUUUCAACAAAAAAAUUGGAUGACUUAGAAGUUGUUUAUUACACACCACCAGAAUUGUUAUAUCAUGAAGAAUUUAAAUCAGAAAGGGAUUUUUGGGCUGUUAUGAUGAUUCUCUAUACUUUGGGAAAGGGAAGUCUUCCUUUUAAAUUUCCUCCCAAAUUUAUUCAUGAUGUUCCUUCUUGUAAAUAAUUAAUAUUACAUACUACUUUUAAUGUGGAAUCAGAUAUUAAGAAGUUUUCAAAAGAAUUUUAGAGUUUUUUGAUAGCUGUAGUUGAAGAAAAGAAUCCAAAGAAAAGGAAAACAUUAGAGGAAUAAAAAGAAAGUAAAUGGAUAAUUGAUAAAAAGUAUCAAGAAGUCCCUUUACAAGAGAGAUUAUUGAUUAAUAUAUUGAAUUAAAAAGAUAGUUGUCUCUUAUAGUAAGCAAUACUUGAAAUAAUGAUAUAAGAAUUUGAGUAAGAAACUGCUUUGCAAUUAUAAAAAUUAUUUAGUGAAUUUGAUGAAGAUAUGGAUACAAUUCUAAAAAAAGAUGAAUUAAUUAAGAUGUUUGAAAAGUAUACAAAAUUGAAAGAUUUAGAGAAUAAAGUUGAUUAAAUAUUUGUUAGUCAUUCAUUAAAGGAAGAGUAGAUGGCUUAAUUUACAUUUUUAUCGUUAGCUGCUCCUCGAGAUUAAUUACUAACCAAUACUAAUCUUGAAGCAGUAUUUAAUCUAUUAAGUAACAAUAAAUCAGAAAUUCGAGCCAAUAAUAUUACUAAAUAUCUUAAUGUAAUCAAUGAAGAAUUGGAAGAGUAAUUUAAUGAAUUAGCACCAGAAAAAAAAGUAAGUAUUUAUUAUCUAUUUUAAUUAGUUAAACUUGGAUCAAUUUGUUCGUAUGAUGGAAUUACUUAGAUGAGC